AUGGAAGGACACAACCACUCGAGUCUGGCUCACUUUGUGCUCCUUGGUUUCCCCAGUGUGGGACAUGUCAGGGGCUGGCUCUUUGUCCUGCUGCUCUUGGCAUACCUGUUCACCAUUUGCGGCAACAUGCUCAUCUUCUUAGUCAUACGACUGGAUGCCGCCCUGCACACGCCCAUGUACCACUUUGCCAGUGUUCUCUCCUUUUUAGAGCUGUGGUACACAGCCACCACCAUCCCUAAGAUGCUAGCUAAUCUUCUCAGUGAGAAGAAGACCAUUUCUUUUGUGGGCUGCCUCCUUCAGACCUAUUUCUUCCACUCCCUGGGGGCCUCUGAAUGCUAUCUUCUCACAGCCAUGGCCUAUGACCGCUACCUGGCCAUCUGCCGGCCCCUCCACUACCCUGCAAUUAUGACUACCACACUCUGUGCUAAGAUGGCUGCGGUUUGUUGGACUUGUGGCUUCCUGUGUCCCAUUUCUGAGGUCAUCCUGGUCUCCCAGCUCCCCUUCUGUGGCUACAAUGAAAUCCAACACAUCUUCUGUGACUUUCCACCUCUGCUGAGCUUGGCCUGCAAGGACACAUCCACUAAUGUUGUGGUGGACUUUGCCAUCAAUGCCUUCAUCAUCCUCGUUACCUUCCUGUUUAUCAUGGUUUCUUAUGUAAGAAUCAUUGGGGCUGUGCUGAAGAUAAAAACAGCAGUAGGAAGAAAAAAGGCCUUCUCUACAUGUGCCUCACAUCUCACUGUGGUCCUCGUCUUCUUUGGGAGCAUCAUCUUCAUGUACGUGAGGUUAAAGAAGAGCUAUUCACUGACCCUUGAUCGGACACUUGCUGUAGUUUACUCUGUGCUCACACCACUGAUCAACCCAAUUAUCUAUAGUCUUCGUAACAAGGAACUCAUUAAGGCCAUCAAGAGGACCUUCCAGAAGGGGAGGAAAGCUAGUCCCACUCACCAUUGA